UCUGAUCCUCUUCACUCUCACUCUCACACUUUACACUAAUUAUUACAACAUCACUCUUUCACACUCAUGACAACAAUCAAAAUUCCCUCAUCCAAUUGGUCCGAAACCGAAAAACAAGUCGCAGAAACCCUUCGUGAUUUAUACCGUAUCUCUUUGUUCAGUAGCGUCCCAUUCAGUUGGAGAUGCAAAAGAAAGAGAUCCAAACCUUCGUCUCUUCCGAACAAGCGCUACCGUCGAGCUAAUCCCACCGCCGCCGUUGACAUCGUCGCCAUUCUCCGUCGAGCUAAAGCUACCAGUCCUACAACGCCUCUUUCGUAUCCAGCAACUGAAUCUGAUGAUAAGCUCAAACGUUCCAAGAAGAAAAUUUCUCUCAAAAAGGAAAAAGAAGCAUCGCUUAAAACUAUUCAAGAUUUGACUAACACCCAAGCUUCCAUCCGUCAGGAGAUUGAGAUUGUGAAGAAUCACUAUGAUCAGCUGAAGAGUUUUAAUUUGAAGUUGAAACUGAGGAAGCAACAGCUACUAUGUGGUGCUAGAACUACCAGUGACCUCAACAGUAAACUGAAAAGCCCCAAUUUGGAAAUUGGGAAGAAUGAUCAGGCCAUUGGUUUAGUCAACAAUUCAACAAAAUCAACGGCUGAAAAUGAAGAACAGAAGAAGCAGGAAAACCAACAUCACGGGCCUUCUGAUGGGCCUUCUUCUUCUGUUGGAUUGGGCCGUAACAGAGGCCCAAUAGAUAUUCCAGAUCUGAAUUUACCGUCGGAAGAUUUUAUCGAGGGGGUUGCUUUUCAACCGUUGGAUGAAACUACAAGAAAAAACUGACAGAUGAAUCUUGAUCUUUAUUUUGUUUGUAUACUGGGGGGUAUAUUGAUUCUUUUUGUGAUGGAUGUAAUUAAAAAAACUUUGUUGAGUUUGUUCAAGUUUAAGGGAUGAUUAGUCCAC